CCUCACUGUGGGACAUCUGGGGGGCACUCCCAGAGGGGCUCAGUGUCUGCCCUGUUGCUGAGCACAGUCUUUAUCAUUUCAUUGUGCCUGUUCUGAAAACACACCCCAGGGUGAAAUAACAGUCCCAUUUUCUCCCUUUUUUUUAGCGUUGAGCAGCUCUCCAGUGAGGUCACACACUCCAGCUCACCUGAGGGUGUCCUGAUCCGUGAGGAGAGAGGAGCAGGAAGAAUGGGGGAAGAAAGAGCCCAGGGAUCUGGAUCUUUGGCCCUGGCUGAUGAACUCAACAUAAAGCCACCAUGUGAAGGGAAGAGGGACUCAGACAAAGAAUCAAUGUUAAAUGGCACCAAACCCGCUGCUGCUGCUGGGCAGUUUAACCUCGAGGCUGCGAUUAAAAGCGUUGGCAAAAUGUCCAGCGAGUUGAAGAAGCUGAAUGUGGAAAGCCAGCUCCUGCUUUGUGACCUUAUUCUGAAUUUCAACCAUCCUAUAAAGGCCAAAGGCUUAAGAGAAGCUGAAGAAAAGACGUGGAGUUUGACAGAUUAAACAUCCAUUUUCUUGUGUUGUCUUCUGUUCAUACUGCUGAAGUUUCUUUUUUUUUCUUUUUCUCUUUCUUUUU